AUGAGUUAUUCUACUGUGAAUACAUUGUCGACGAUGAAUGCGUCGACUGAGAGUGAUGUUGAUCUAAUGCGUACAAUAUUAGGUGAACAUGUACCACAAAGUGUCAUACUCACUUGCUUAAAUGCUUGUGCAUUUGAUGUAAGCGCCGCUUUGAACUGGUAUUUCGCCGAGGUGGCAUCUUCUCCUGCUUCUACUGCCCCGAUGGAAGCUACUGAGAUGACUUCAUCCCCUACAGUCACUAUUAUUCAGUCAGGAUUAAGUCUUACGUUACAUUCAAGAGCUAUGGAAGGUAUGGUGAGUAAAACAGAAGCCUAUUAUGCUACACUUACAAAAGGAGACCCAGCUUACGACAUGCUCACGCCUAGUAACGAAAAGUUUUUGACCAUUCGGUUAAGAAAAAGAGGUUGGCGCACUGGAAAGUUGUUGGAAAUGGUUUCACCUUUUACCCAACGACCUGGUUUUGUUAAUGGAGACGUCGUGACGCUCGAGUGCAACGGUCUGUGGCUUAAGGUUAACUCCAUCAACAAAAUGCUGCAGUGGAAAGCUCCGUCUGAAGACGACCGAAACAAAUUUGUGAUCAGAGGCCUUCCACUGGGCAAAAAUCUGGCACCGGGCGACUAUUUCUUUCUCACGAGCUACAAGUGGAAGGACAAGGAGAUCGUAUGCAAGGACGAGCGACCUGUCGGUAUCAGCAGCUACAACACUAAUGUACAUCGAUGCUUUCUCGGGCUUGAGCGCAUUAAAACCGCAAACCAACGCCUGUAUCUGUACGGAAAGCUUACCCGCAAUGCGGUCAAAAGUCUGCCGAAACCCGACGACCCGAUCGAUGUUGACCACCUAACAAUCAGUGUCAUGGGGACACCCAUGUCGACGGCUGGUAUUUCUCUUCGAGAUCAAUCGCACUUGCUGCGGCAAAAAAGCUCAAUAUCAGACGAAAUCCAUCUCACGAACGCAAAAAUCGAGCAAAUGGCAAACAUUAUUGGAACAGAUGUGUCUCAUGAUUGCCUCGCCAACUUUCUAGACGGUGCUGGUGGAGAUGUACAGGUUGCACUGGAGCACUAUUUCAUGAGUGUAUCGACUAGUGAGAGCAGCUCAGUGUCUACACAUGGUGCUACAUCAGCUAGUGUCCCUUUAAUAACACAGAUCAAGACUACCAAGUCAGCAGCAGCUCUUGAAGAGGCCCAGAUUCGUGCACAUGUUGAAGCUCGGGAGACACGCGACCGCUGCCCACGCAGUCAGCUCAUUUUAGGAAUUCCAUCUAUUUCUGAGCCAGUUUUAUCACCAAGUACAAAACCACUGUCAAUCACACCUCCUGGUGUCACUGCAAAGGCAACAUAUGAUUGGUGGAGUCUGGGUGUUGUUAUUUACGAAAUGCUGGUUGGUGAGUCACCAUUUUACGAUGAGAACGAGCACAAGAUGCUCAGCCGGAUUGCAUAUUCGGACGUAGUAUUCCCAUCGGAAUUUCCAUGCGAUGCCGAUAUUGAUUGGGACAAGUUAUUGCGGCGAGAAGUUAAGGCUCACUGGACUCCGAAGCUCAGCGGUGAGACAGAUACAAGAUAUGUGGACCCUGAGUUUAUCGACGAGGGUCCGCCUUCAGCAGCGUACGAUCCAAGUGCUGAUUCCGCAAUCUCCAGGUUGUAUGGACUUCUGCUCCCAAAGCACAGUGCUUCGGGUCUCGGACUUGAGAGGUCGAUUCAAGAGCAGUUCCGGGAGCUGCAAGCGCGUUUGACGGGGCCCUUGGUCAUUGCGUUGACUGUGCAGAAGAUAGAAAAAUCGAGAUCGCACUUCCUUUUUGACAAGCAGUUGGUUCCUAUUAGGUGCAGCUCUUUACCGUCAGCAGCGGCCUUGCGUACUGACGUCGUAGCGCGGACGUUUGGCAGUAACGUAAACGUGUGA